AUGUCGAAGAAGCUUACCGUGUUCGUAACAGGUGCUACUGGUGGCCAAGGAGGCGCCGUCGCCAAGUAUCUUCUUACUUCGGGACAUGCAGUACAUGCCCUAGUCCGAGACCCCUCCAAACCAGCAUCUCAAGCACUCGAAAAAGCUGGAGCGAAACUAUUCAAAGGAGACUUUGAUGAUAUCAAUGCUCUUGCUGCUACUGCUCAGUCCUGCAACGCCCUCUUCUUAAUGGUCUCUCCCACCUAUCCAGAUCAACUCCUCGAAUUAACUCACGCCCAAAACGUCAUAACCGCCGCGCUUUCGACUUCUCCUCCUAUAACCCACUGCGUCGUUUCAACCGCGACAGGAGCAGAGUCCCACCUGUCCUUCGCCUCCUUCGACCCCAACUUCGCCUGGCUAGCAAUCUAUUGGUCCAACAAGAAGAAAAUCCAAGACCUGGUCAUGCAGAACUUCCAGAAGUGGACAGUGCUACAACCAGCGUGGUUGAUGAGCAACUGGCUAUCCCCCGUGGCGGCAUUUACAUGGGGAGAAGAGUUGAAGACCGACAAGGUACUGCUCAAUGCUUUUGGAAAGGGAACGAAAAUUGAGCUAUGUGCUGCGGAUACGGUGGGGAGGUUUGCUGUUCCGGCGUUGGAAGGGAGGGGUGAUAUGCAGGGAAAGAUCAUCAAGCUGGCGGGGGAGAGUUUGGAUAUGGAUGAGAUUGCGAGGGUGGUUAGUGAGGUGGGUGGAGUCGAGGUGAAGGUGAGAUAUAGGAGUGAGGAGGAGGUAGAGAGGUUGAAGGGUGUUAGUCCCAUUGUUGCUACGCAGGUUUGGCAGAGGGUCGAUGGGAGUGGAGCUGAUGUGGAGGAGGUGAGGAAGUGGGGGAUUGAGAUGAUGGGUUUCAAGGAAUAUCUUGGGGAGCAUAGGGACAGCUUGCGUGCUGCUUUGGGGCUUGAGUAA